GAACCGCAUUGCCAGUUUGCCACCUAACUCUCUCUCUCUCCUUUUAUUCUUUUCUUUGUUUCCAUUCUUUCAUUUCUCUCUCAGAGACUCCUCUUUUUGCUUGGGUUUUUUCAAUCUCCUUGAUCGUUGCCAUCUGCAGAAAGGUUACCUCCACAAUGGAUUUUUUCCUCAGGGGCCUAAAUGAGGAUUCUGCAUCUUCCCAAAUGGACAUUCUCAGAUGUCCAUUUUUGAGGAACAUUAAUGAACCGACUAACUUUUCCUUCUCAUCAGCCAUGCCUUUCCCCAUGCCAGUACGAGGAGCCAAAGGUCCAAUUUUUGAAGAUGGACCCAAUUUUGACAUGGCAUUCAGGCUUUUCCAUGGACGUGAUGGAGUGGUUCCACUGUCUGAACGAUCUUCCUUUCGCACUGAGAAAACAGAGCCUGAAACAACCCCACCCAAGUUCAAUCCUUUGGCUGCAAGGGCAGCCACCGUUAGCUUCUCAUCCUUUGGACUGGGAGGGUCUUUCAGUUUUGAUGCAUUUUCUAAAAAGUGGAACAAUCAAAAAGGAAAAUCAAAACCAUCCAAGAAAGAGUCUUCUUCGCAGGGAGGAAAUUCCAAUCAUGAAGCAUUGGGCAAUGAAUGGCUACAAAAUGGGAACUGUCCAAUUGCAAAGUCGUAUAGGGCAGUUAGCGGUGUUUUGCCACUUGUUGCAAAGGUUUUUCAGCCACCUCCAGGGAUGAAAUUCCGGUGCCCACCAGCAGUGGUUGCAGCCCGGGCAGCACUAGCACAAACUGCUUUUGCCAAGAACCUACGCCCUCAAUCCUUGCCCACAAAAGUGCUGGUGAUUGGGAUGUUAGGCAUGGCAGCAAAUGUUCCUUUAGGGAUAUGGAGGGAACACACUGAAAAGUUCUCACCAUCUUGGUUUAUGGCUAUCCAUGCAGCUGUUCCAUUCAUAGCAAUGCUCAGGAAAUCUGUGUUGAUGCCCAAGACAGCAAUGGCAUUUACUAUUGCAGCAUCUGUAUUAGGACAGGUUAUCGGCUCUAGGGCAGAACGAUAUCGAAUGAAAGCAGUAGCCGCGAAACGAUUAGGUAUUGAGGAAUCCUCUGUUUCUGUUGGUGAUGCAAGCCAGUUAGAAGUCGUUGCAGUCAAAAAUGGUUAUUGCAGCAAAGAUGUUGAAUGGGAUCCAGUUUCUCUUCAGGUGGCGAGGCCUUCUUCAUCUACAGAUGUGUUUUGCUGAUUCUUUUAUCCUUGUUGUAACUUAAGCGACUGUCAUUCUGCGUACUGUAAUUCCGUUGUGUUCAACAAUGUCCUCAGUUGUUCUGUGUUCCCUUUUGUGUUCCUUUCUUGUACCAGACAUGUUGUGGCAAAAUCAAUGGAGAGAAUAAAAGAUGCAGUAAGAGAAAUUUUCUUCUUCAUAA